GCCAACCAAUGGGGUGAUACCGCGUGGAGCCAGAAAGCGCGAGGCGAGGGGCUGCGGCGGUUAGCUGUUCACACUUGGCGCGUCUAGCAAGCAGAGGCGGACGUAGGCAGGCUCGCGGUUUUGAGGCGUCCCCCCUUCACGAGGCACCAUGCGUGAAUGUAUCUCUAUCCAUGUUGGUCAAGCUGGUGUUCAGAUUGGCAAUGCAUGCUGGGAAUUAUAUUGUCUUGAACAUGGAAUCCAGCCUGAUGGUCAGAUGCCCAGUGACAAAACCAUUGGAGGUGGAGAUGAUUCAUUCAAUACUUUCUUCAGUGAGACAGGGGCUGGUAAACAUGUGCCCAGAGCUGUAUUUGUGGACCUUGAACCAACUGUGGUUGAUGAAGUACGUACAGGCACUUACAGGCAACUAUUCCAUCCUGAACAGCUCAUUACUGGGAAAGAGGAUGCGGCUAAUAAUUAUGCCAGAGGCCAUUACACCAUUGGAAAAGAGAUUGUUGAUCUAGUGCUAGAUCGCAUUCGCAAGCUGGCUGAUCUGUGCACAGGGCUGCAGGGAUUCCUCAUCUUCCAUAGUUUUGGAGGAGGCACUGGCUCUGGAUUUGCAUCUCUACUCAUGGAAAGGCUUUCUGUUGAUUAUGGCAAAAAGUCCAAACUAGAGUUUGCAAUUUACCCAGCACCACAGGUUUCUACUGCUGUAGUGGAACCCUACAACUCCAUCCUAACUACGCACACAACAUUGGAGCAUUCUGACUGUGCCUUCAUGGUAGACAAUGAAGCCAUUUAUGAUAUAUGUCGUCGCAAUCUAGACAUUGAGCGUCCUACUUACACCAACCUAAAUCGACUCAUUGGGCAAAUUGUCUCAUCCAUCACAGCUUCACUGCGUUUUGAUGGAGCUCUCAAUGUAGAUCUGACCGAGUUCCAGACCAAUCUUGUCCCAUACCCACGAAUCCAUUUCCCACUGGCAACAUAUGCACCUGUCAUCUCUGCUGAAAAAGCAUACCAUGAGCAGUUGUCUGUGGCUGAAAUUACCAAUGCUUGUUUUGAGCCAGCCAACCAGAUGGUAAAAUGUGACCCUCGCCAUGGCAAGUAUAUGGCCUGCUGUAUGUUAUACAGGGGUGAUGUUGUUCCCAAAGAUGUUAAUGCAGCCAUUGCCACUAUCAAGACUAAGCGAACAAUUCAGUUUGUGGAUUGGUGUCCAACUGGAUUCAAGGUGGGCAUUAACUACCAACCUCCCACUGUAGUGCCAGGAGGCGACUUGGCCAAGGUGCAGCGUGCUGUGUGUAUGUUGAGUAAUACAACUGCUAUUGCAGAAGCCUGGGCACGUCUUGACCAUAAAUUUGAUUUGAUGUAUGCUAAGCGUGCCUUUGUACACUGGUAUGUUGGAGAAGGGAUGGAGGAAGGAGAAUUUUCUGAAGCCCGGGAAGAUUUGGCUGCGCUUGAGAAAGAUUAUGAAGAAGUGGGUGUAGAUUCUGUGGAAGCAGAAGCUGAAGAAGGGGAGGAAUAUUAAAAGAUAGACUAAAGUCAGAAAAUGUUUAUUUCAAGAGGGUUUGUUUUUUUUAACUCAGUUCACUUGUUUGGUUUUCAAAUAAAAGUUUAAAUGUUAUAACAGUA